GAGGAGGAGGAGGAAGAGGAAAGCGAAGAAGAGGAGGAGGAAGAGGAGGAAGAAGAAGAGGAGGAAGAAGACGUUGCAAGGCAGAGAGCGGCAGGCUUCGUCGACGUCGUGGGAGCACGACGAGUCCUGACGGAGGGUCACGUCGAGGCGGAACACGACGCUUUCAGGCCGCCCGACGGACUCGUCAAACUGGCCGAUCGUCUGUCGACGUUGGAGGCUGUGACGACGGCGACGACUGGGCCGCCGCCCGCUUCUCCGCCUGGCCACGUGACCGCCUCCAAGGCGUUGACGUCGACGUUGCAACGAUCCGAUUCAACGGCGCCGGCGAAAUCCUCUUGUCGAACGUCGAGUCGUGCCAAAAGUCGCUCGAGCCGUUCGAAUGCGUCACGAGCCACACUUGACGCCCGUCUCUUUCUGCCACCCUCGGACCGGCAGCAACAGGCGUUCGACUACGCUCACUUCACCGCCGGACACCCGCAGACGGCGGGACUCGAGCUCGGCUGCUCCAACGCGUCGAAUCCUCUCGCCGGACUCAACUGCCCCGGCUUUCUUCUCGCCACCUCGGCAGCACACCCGUCUCUACUCUUGACAUCGCCGUCACCGUCGCCGUCGGCGUCGUCACCGCAUCCACCACCACCACCGUCGGCGUCGUCAUUGUCCGGUCUCUACGCAGCCUCGUCCGUCUCGGGAUUCGGUCUUCCCAGUCCCCUCGACCAGAUGAGCCCCGAAACCCGACUGCUCGGCUGCACACGGACAGUCGGCAAAACCCUCGUUGAGACUGACGAACCGAUGACCGAGUAUCCAAUGCCGACGGGCGGCAUGUGUUUCGGCCAAUCGCAUCAUUUCUAUUCGCCCACCGGCGGUCUCCUCUCCGACGGCCUCGACUACGCCGCAGCCGAAGUGACGCCCACUUUCAUGACGGCCACCUACUACGCCCACGCAGCCUCGGCACCCUUUCACCCACUCGCCCUCGCCCCCGCAACCGCUUCGCUCAACCCAAUAUCAAUACCAACGCCAACGCCAACACCGACUUCAAUGUCGACGUCGACGUCGACGUCAGUAUCAACACCGACGACAACACCAACACCAACGUCAACUCCCACACCGAUGCUGACUGUCACGGCGGCGACGACGGCGACGGCGAUGGCAACGGCGACGGCGACGCCCUCGCCAUUGGGCUGUUUUGCAUCCGGCGACGGCUACUCCGGUUCUUCCGUCUGCCUGACUCAUGCAAUGUCACUUGGCCUCGACGACCUGGCCGUCUGUUACGCGGGUCCCGGAGACGCGCUGGGCCUGUUGCGAGGCCGGGCGGUGGGGGCUCUGGCGGAGGCGGGCAAAUCGGAUUGUCCCGACACCGUCUACCCCGGACAUGUGGCGCUGCCCACCUCCCUCCUUUGUCAGGGCCUCCUUUUGCCCGCCGCCUCCAGUGAUUAUCCCAUCUCGCAACUGUGA